UUUCCCUGGAAUCCGGAGGAGAGUGAAGGUGGCACACAGAGAACUGUUGCUAUGGCAACAGCAGAAGCUGUCUGCAUCAGUGGGGCCAGGGAGGGCCGGGAAUAGCUUUCUUGGGAGGUGAGGACAUUCCCGCUGUGCACAGACAUUGCUCUAGAGACAAUGGAGCUAGGAGAAGCAACACAGCCAGCAGAUACAGGGGAGCCUAAGGAGCCAGAGUAUUCUAACCCUCUCUGGAGGCCUGCUCUCACUGGUAAUGUGGAGGGUGUGCACCAGAUUUUUGCUGACCCAGAAGACCCUGAUGGUGAAAAGGCCAUGCAACUUCUCAUGGAAAAGGACAUCAUAGGGAGAGACCUACUGUAUGCAACCAGCAUGGCUGGACAGAGUGCAGUCAUCAGAGCACUGGCAAAAUACGGAGUGGUCAUGAAGGAUAAAACAGCUAGAGGUUACACACUCCUCCACUGUGCUGCGGCCUGGGGCCAGCUGGAGACUUUGAAAACUCUGGUAGAACUGGAUGCUGAUAUUCUAGCGAUGACCUUCCGGGGUGAAAAGGCCCGAGAUAUAGCCGACCGUUAUGCACAGAGAGACUGCGUCGAAUUCCUGGACUGGGCAGAAGCUAAGCAGGCUCUGCGGACGUUCAUCGCCCACAUUCAGGCAACGAUUGCAGACCCUGAAAAGGUGCAGGGAAGGCUGAACAAGGAAGACAAGAACAUGUCUCUCAGCGCCUGUCGUGUAAAAUCUGACUGGCUUGAGAACACCAAGGAGCCCACCAGACAAGACUUCCUGGAUCAGAAGAAGCAGCUGGAAGAUAUCAUGCUUCCCAUCUUCACAAAGCUGGCCAUGCCCCGUCAUCUGACAGCUAAGAGCACCAGGUCGGCGCUGAACUGCGGCAAAAUCUGAAGCUUCAUUUCCACAGCUCUUGCCUGUCUCGGGGUCUUAUAUUUUUUUAAGCCUCACACAUAUAUAGUCAUUAAUCUGAACAUACAGCCCGAGAGCCAAACUUUGGUAUUUCCAGGACAAGAUUACCUGAGGGUGUGCGGUGGCGGAAAGAUUAAGGGAGAGGCUGGAUCCACAUGCAGACCCAGCAGCAUGGACCCAUCUGGGAUUAGUUUCUAAAUGCCAAGAUAGCAAGGUUGUUUUGCGGUUCGUGAAAGGUCAGAUGAGGCGCUGGCUACCCUACAUUACCGGGGUCAGUGGCACUUUAAAUUCAGUUCAACGAGACUUUAUUGGCAUGACAAGCUUUAAAAGCGUUGCCAAAGCAUAAGGCAGGGAUGACCCACUCAUGAUGAGAUUAGACACUGUCUUUAGGGUUAGAUGUCCAGUAGCUAGGUGUCAUAGCUGGCCUUUUCUGAUCCAGAGGCUGGUUGUUUCCACACCUCAGUAAUUUAGAGGCUGAUCUUGAGGUGCUGAGCACCUGCAACUCCCAGUGACUCCAACAGGGGCAGCCCUUCUCAGGGGCAGGGUUUUCAUUAUAGUGUUUUUUUUUCCACCACAAGUCCACUAAUUGCAGACCUGCCUGAGAUCCCCAGCGCCUGCUCACCCUGAACUUUCUACGUUAAAAAAAUCAGCCUGACCUUGCAGUUCUUCUUUGAUGCUUUCCCAGGUGUAGCUGUUGUCCCAGAUGGCAGAAAAUCUUCUGACGAUCAUGCCUCUGACACAGGAAGGACAAAGCACAGCUGGACUGUCAGGCUCGCUCUCCCACUUCA